UAUACAGCGAAUGUCUUGCCGUAUCCGACGUGAUUCUUCGCUGUGGCAUGCUUGCCCAGCCCGGACAGUCUUGUCGUUGCGGGGAUCGUUGUCAGCACGCGUGAUCAUCGCGAGACGUUAGCGGAGCACACGAGACGAAACGUCGCGAUGCGCAUCUUUGAAGGUAAGGAUCGCCGACAAGAAUCUUGGCCGAAGGAUGAGCAGGGACGGUAUCGCGCUCUCUUAUGUCGAAGCACCCGCCCCUCCCAUCUCAAGGCCGAUUUUCUUCUCCUUCGCCUCCUCAUACCUCGUCUCAGCCCAUAACGACGACCACUAUGGCAGAAAAAGACGACUCUACCUCCUACAAGACAGCAGAUGAAUCCACCGCACAUGACUAUAUAGAAAGCCGUGACAAGGAAGAACAUGUCCUUGAUAUCAACGGGAUCGACCGGCGUAAGCUCAAUUCGAAACUCGAAAACCCACUCGCGCACGUCUCGCGUGCCAAGUUACUGGAAGAUGUCGAGACGUUCUGCCGGCAGCACGAUCUCAACGAUGACCUGGAGUUGUUUAGGAGAGCCGCGCUUGUUGCACAACGGCCGCACGCCUUCCAGGAGAUGGCAGAGCUAAACGAUGACGAACGACGCGCUCUUGAACGCGAGUCGACGCAUAAGUGGGACCAUCCGUGGCAGCUCUACUUCCUAGUGUCCAUGUCUUCCAUGGCCGCCUGUGUACAAGGUAUGGAUGAGUCUGUCAAUAACGGUGCUCAAGCCUUCUAUCUAGAGCAUUUCAACGUUACAUCGACAAACCUAACAGGACUUAUUGUUGGUGCACCAUAUCUCGCCUGCGCUAUACUCGGAUGUUGGCUUACUGAGCCUCUCAACAAGAUCUUUGCACGGCGAGGCACGAUCUUCAUCACAUGCUUCAUCGCCGCAGUGGCUUCGAUAUGGGAGGGUGUCGCCAACUCUUGGGUCAAUCUUUUCAUCGCUCGCUUUGUCCUAGGACUCGGGAUUGGAUCGAAGUCAAGCACUGUACCUGUCUACACUGCCGAGUGCGCUCCAGCACCAAUUAGAGGAGCUCUCGUCAUGCAAUGGCAAGUUUGGACGGCUUUCGGCAUCAUGCUGGGCAACAUCAUGGGUGUCGCUUUCGGCGGCCUUGAACCAAAUCUCGCCUGGCGCAUGAUUCUUGGCUCGACCGUCGUGCCUCCUCUCAUAGUCAUGGCUCAAGUCUACUUCUGCCCCGAGAGCCCGCGCUGGCUGAUACAGCACCGUAAAGUCAACAAGGCCUUUCGAGAGUUCAAGCGCAUUCGCAAUACUGAGCUACAAGCAGCCCGCGACCUGUACUAUACCUACAUCGGUGUCGAGUUGGAGCGUCAAAUGAACAAGGGAAAGAAUCUUUUCACACAGUUCUACGAGCUGUUCAGCGUUCCGCGCAAUGCUCGUGCGACUCUCGCGACAUGGAUUGUAAUGUUCGGACAGCAAUUCUGUGGAGUGAACAUUAUCGCUUACUACUCGACGACCAUUUUCGAGCAAGGCGGUUACGGCAGGAACCCAGCACUACUCGCGUCGAUGGGCACUGGUAUACUGAAUUGGGUCUUCGCACUGCCCGCCUUCUUCACGAUUGAUACCUUCGGGAGACGUAACCUCUUGCUUACGACGUAUCCAUUCCUCUGUCUGACACUGCUGUGGACCGGCUUUUCAUUCUUCAUCCCACAAACUCGUCCGCAAGCACGAACGGGCAUGAUAACGGCCGGCAUGUACCUCUACGAAUGCUUCUACUCUCCAGGCAUGGGACCCGUACCCUUCUCCUACUCCGCCGAAGCCUUCCCGAUGCAAGUGCGCGACGUUGGCAUGUCCUGGGCCACGGCCACGACUUGGUGCUUCAACUUCAUCAUAGCCUUUGCAUGGCCUAGCAUGCUGGAGCAAUUUGGACCGACUGGUGGUUUUGGCUGGUACGCUGCAUGGUGCGCCAUCUUAUGGUGUCUAGUAUUGCUUUUCCUGCCGGAGACGAAGGCUCUUACGCUCGAGGAGCUUGAUCAUGUCUUUUCAGUGCCAACAUAUAAGCAUGCUCAAUACCAACUCAAGGUCGCAAGGUGGUACAUGAAUAAGUGGUUCCUUCGUAAGAAGCAAGAACCACUGCCGCCGUUAUACGAAAGCGCGGAGAAAUUAUAAGGGUGGCAGCGCGACGAAGCCGUCAAAACGUCCUCUUCUUUUACGUAGA